AGUCUUCGCGAGAGGAGGGAGGGGGACUGGUCGCGGGUUGCGUGCGCCUCGACUCGAAGGUUCUACGGGCGGGAUGGCGUCGUCGGAGGUGGUGGAGGACGACGUGUCGGCGGCGGCGGCGGCGGUCGCCAACGGAGCCGCGGACGUCCGCCGGAGGAGGGACCAGGCCAAGGAGAUUCUGUCCAAGCAGGCUGUCAAGAUCGCCACCAAGGCGGAGGAGCACGAGCGCUUCAUCUUCAAGGUCACGCACUUGAUGGGUGUUCUUGGAUUUGGGACAUUUUGCUACCUCUUGGGUGCCAGACCACAGGACGUGCCCUAUGUGUAUUGCCUCUUCUAUGUCAUUUUCGUUCCUCUCAGGUGGAUCUACUACAGAUACAAGAAGUGGCACUACUAUCUUCUGGAUUUCUGCUACUAUGCCAAUACUUUUCUCCUUAUCAUGAUUCUCUUCUAUCCAAAGGAUGAAAAACUUUUCAUGGUUUGCUUCUCAUUUGCAGAGGGUCCCCUUGCUUGGGCAUUAAUUGUGUGGCGUUGCAGCUUGGUGUUUAGCUCAUUUGAUAAACUUGUCAGUGUUCUGAUACACCUCUUGCCUGGAAUAGUUUUGUUCACUAUCCGCUGGUGGAAUCCACAAACAUUUGCUGCCAUGCAUCCAGAAGGAAGAGCAGCCAGAGUCACAUGGCCAUAUGUGGAGGACAAAUCAUAUCUGUGGACAUGGCUAUUUGUUGUUCCUCUUGCUGCUUACUCCUUGUGGCAACUUAUGUAUUACCUCAUAGUUAAUGUGCUGCGUCGGCAAAGGCUGUUGAGGGAUCCAGAAGUCAUGACAUCAUACAGGGAACUGUCAAAGAAAGCACAGAAAGCAAACAACAUCUGGUGGAGACUGAGCGGACUUCUUGGCGACAAGAACCGUCCGAUCAUGUACAUACUGCUUCAGGCACUGUUCACAGUGGCAACGUUGGCUUUUACUGUCCCCAUAUUCCUUUCAUACCGGUUGCACGCGAUCUUCCAAGUACUGAAGGUGUGUGCAGCCACAUGGAACGGCGGAAGCUUCAUCCUAGAGGUGAUGCCUAGGCAAGUCGUGCAGAAGGAGAAGAAGAAACUUGCGAUGAAGCCGAUUGAACAAGUGGAACAUACGGAUGAUGCAUCGGGUAACCACCAGCAGAAGUCCGAGAAGCAAAGUCAGUGAGGAAGCUGAUUCAGGAUGUAAGAUUAGAUUUUGGUGGUUACUGAUACUACCUUGUUACCUUGUUCAAUCUGUGUGAAAAUUAGCCAGUGAUGAAUGCUCUGUUGGUUUAGCAUA